AUGCCUAAAGCAGAGGCAAUACACAAUGACCUCGUACCGGGCACUGUUCACCUCGUGGAUAUCGGAGGUGGGACCCAAGGCGCAAGACAUGACAACGACCACGAUGAUAUUGUGCUCGUGCCACGGCCCAGCAGCGACCCUGAGGAUCCUCUCAACUGGUCGCGACGGCGUAAACUGUUGGCGAUUUGCAUGGUCUACCUAUACGCGGGCGUAGGCAUCGGCAUCCCCGCUACUUUGCAGUACAGCGUGUUGGCGGACAUUACCCGAGACACAGGGAUCACCACCGCGGAGCUCGUCCAGGGCACGGGCCUCAUGUUCCUCUUCCUCGGCUGGGCUUGUUUGAUUUGGCAACCCAUCGCACUCACGUACGGGCGGCGCGGCGUCUAUGUCCUCUCAUGCCUCUUCACAGUCCCGAUGAUGAUCUGGACGGCGCACUCGACAUCUGCAGGCGAGUGGUAUGCUCAUCGUAUCAUGCUCGGUAUCAUCGCGUCCGUCAGCGAGUCGCUCCCCGAGGUCAGCGUGUUUGAUCUGUACUUCGCACACGAACGCGGCACGUACAUGGCGCUCUACGUGUUCACCAUAUUCGCCUCGAAUUUCCUGUCGCCUCUGCUCGCCGGAUGGUUCAACGACGCGUACGGGUGGCGUUGGACCAUGCAGUUCGGUGCCAUCGUGAGCGCACUGAGCGCGGUCAUCUUAUUUCUCUUUAUGGAGGAGACGAUAUAUUUCCGCGCUUCUGUCGAAGGCGACGAGCUAGAGGUGCCGGAGGCGAGACUCAGCGCAGGGGAUGCGGUCGACGUGCAGCUGGAUGAAAAGGAUUCCAAGUCUACCAAUGAUCAGCAUACAGUUGAUGUCGCUUCAUCGCCCGCAUACCCGCCGCCUCGUACAUAUUGGCAGAAGCUAGCGCUGUUCAUCCGCAAGCCCGGGCGUCCGAGCAACAAACAAAUGUUCAAAAUGAUGUACCGACCCCUCAUCAUGAUGUACUGGUUCCCGUGCACAGAUUGGGCAGGAUUCCUGUACGGCAUCAACCUCUCAUGGUACAACGUCCUCAACGGAACGGCUUCACCUGUCCUCUCCGCACCACCUUACAACUGGUCGCCUGCGCUCGUCGGAUCCGCGUAUACCGCACCCAUCAUCGGCGCUAUCUUCGCCGCAAUAUGGUCUGGCACCAUCGCCGACAGAUUCACCAUCUACCUCGCGCGACGCAACGGGGGCGUCCGUGAGCCUGAGCAGAGGCUGUGGCCGCUCGUGGUAUCUGGGACCAUGGCCACGGCGGGGCUGAUAACAUGGGGCGUUGGGGCAUACUAUGGCAUCAGUUGGGUGGGACUGUGCUUCGGGCUCGCGAUGCUGACAUUCGGGGUGGUGACGGGCGGGUCAAUCGCGGUGUCGUACAACGUGGACUGCUUUAAGGAGUUGGGAGGAGAGACGACGAUCAGUGUCAUUGUGAUCCGAAACACCCUCGGCUUCGGAUUCAGUUACGCGAUCACGCCAUGGUACACGAAUCAAGGCCUGAAGAAUUGCUUUAUUGCGGCUGGAUUCAUAUCAUUGGCUUGCACCUUCACGUUUCUCUUCAUGAUUGUGUACGGGAAGAGACUAAGGAAAUUCUCGAGAGACAAGUACUGGGAGUACGUGGCGACGAGCGCCGUGGGUCACUAG